AUGGCGCCCAUAGACAUUACCGAUUCCAAGAAGCGCAAGCGCAAGAACAGCAAAAAGGCUGCCGAAGCUCCAGAGACAGCGACUGCCGUCACCGAGGCCGCGCCCGCACCCAAGAAGUCCUCGAAGGAGUCCACCAAGAAGUCUUCAAAGGCGUCGAAGAGAAAGCAUGCGGAAAGCGAAGAGGAGAGCGACGUCCCCAUGAAAGACGCCGUCCCAGAGGAAAGCGAAUCGGAGGAGAACGAGGACGGUGAGGGCGAGCCUCCUGCAGACGGUAGCGACAAUGAGGAGGGUGAUGCGGAGCUGGACAAUGCAGCUACCGAAGCUUUCGAAUCGAAGCUGUCUCUUCCCGCUGUAGAUGGGACCGACCCGAAGAAGUUUACGGACCUGAACCUGUCGGAGAAGACCCAAAAGGCGAUAAAAGAAAUGGGCUUCGACACUCUGACCGAGAUCCAAGCCAAGGGCAUUCCGCCCCUUCUGGCUGGUAAGGAUCUUCUUGGUGCAGCAAAAACUGGAUCCGGCAAGACCCUCGCUUUCCUCAUCCCCGUCGUCGAGAUGCUGCACAGCCUCCGCUUCAAGCCCCGCAACGGUACUGGUGCUAUCGUCAUUAGCCCCACCAGAGAGCUGGCAUUGCAGAUAUUUGGUGUCGCACGGGAGCUUAUGGAGCACCAUACACAAACUUUUGGCAUAGUCAUGGGAGGUGCCAACCGGAAGGCCGAGCAGGUCAAGCUGGAGAAGGGUGUAAACCUUCUUAUUGCUACUCCUGGUAGGCUUCUCGACCAUCUGCAGAAUACCCCCGGUUUCGUGUUCAAGAACUUGCGCACGCUUGUCCUGGACGAAGCCGACAGAAUCCUGGAAACCGGUUUCGAAGACGAAAUGCGCCAGAUAGUAAAGAUUCUUGGUAACCCUCAAUCGCGCCAAACUGCGCUCUUUUCGGCAACCCAAACCACCAAGGUCGAAGACCUUGCAAGAAUCUCGCUCAAGCCAGGCCCGCUCUUCAUCUCAGUCGACCAUUACAAGGAGCAUGCUACUGCUGACGGUCUGGAUCUGGGCUUCGUCGUGUGUGAAUCGGAUCUCCGGUUCAGGUUGCUUUUCACCUUCCUCAAGAAGCACCAAAAGAAGAAGAUCAUUGUUUUCACAAGCUCUUGCGCAUCUGUCGAAUACCUCACGAGCUUGCUCAACUACAUCGACCUCCCUGUCCUGGGUCUUUCAGGAAAAAUGAAGCAGCAGAAACGGACGGCUACCUUCUUUGAAUUUGCCAACAGUCAGGCCGGUUGCCUGAUUGCAACAGACGUGGCAGCUCGUGGCCUUGAUAUCCCUGCCGUGGACUGGGUCAUCCAGCUGGACCCCCCUGAUGAUGCGCGCAGCUUCAUUCACCGUGCCGGACUGGGCUUCAUCAAAGUGCUCCGGGAAGCGCGAGUCGAGCUUACCGAGUUUGACUUCCCUGAGAAGAAGCUGCUCAACAUCCAGAGUCAGCUCGAAAAGCUGAUUUCGAGCAACUAUUAUCUCAACAAGUCUGCCAAGGAUGCGUUCCGCUCCUACCUCAACGCCUACGCUAGCCACAGCCUUCGCAGCAUCUACUCGGUGGAAAAGCUAGACCUCAAGAAGGUGGCACGCAGUUUUGGGUUCUCUGCCCCUCCACGGGUGGACAUUCAGCUUGGCUCAAGCAUGAGGGACAAGAAGCAGGAAGGCAGAAGGGCGUAUGGCAGUCAGCCUCGCCAGGCGAAGAGGUUCAAGCACUAA